ACAAAAAAAAAAAAAUUCUACCAAUAAAAAAGAUCACUGCAAGAAGGUACCUUCAUUCCGGUUGCGUUUCCCACUCUCCCUCGACCACUGCGACUCGAGAUCGAGAGCAUGGAGGAGUCAGAAUCUGGUGAUAGCAUGACCAUUCAACGGCGCGUGGGGUUACUGUACGAUGAGCGGAUGUGUAAGCAUAACACUCCUGAUGAUGAUUAUCAUCCUGAGAAUCCCAACCGCAUCAAGACCAUUUGGAACAAGCUCGUUGCCAAUAACAUUCCUCAAAGAUGUGUUGUUUUGAAUGCCAAAGAAGCAGAAGAUAAAUAUCUACUAGCUGUUCACUCCAAGAAUCAUGUUAAUUUGAUUAGAAAUAUAAGCUCCAAACAAUUUGAUUCUCGAAGAAAUAGAAUUGCUGCAAAAUUGAAUUCCAUAUAUUUUAAUGAAGGAUCAUCAGAAGCUGCCUACAUUGCUGCUGGUUCUGUCAUAGAGGUCGCUGAGAGAGUAGCCAAAGGGGAAUUGCAUUCUGCUGCUGCUAUUGUUAGGCCUCCUGGGCAUCAUGCUGAACAUGAUGAGGCAAUGGGAUUUUGUCUAUUCAAUAACGUAGCUGUUGCAACGAGUUUUCUAUUAGAUGAAAGACCAGAACUGGGUAUUAAGAAGAUUCUGAUUGUUGACUGGGAUGUUCAUCAUGGUAAUGGUACUCAAAAGAUGUUUUGGAAGGACCCUCGUGUUCUGUUCUUCUCUGUUCACAGGCAUGAGUUUGGGAGCUUUUACCCUGCUAAUGAUGAUGGUUUGUAUACUAUGAUUGGGCAAGGGCCGGGUGCAGGAUACAACAUAAAUGUUCCUUGGGAGCAUGGAAGAUGCGGAGAUGCAGACUAUCUUGCUGUUUGGGACCAAAUCUUGAUCCCUGUUGCCAAGGAAUUUGAUCCUGACAUGAUUAUAGUGUCUGCAGGGUUUGAUGCAGCUGUUGGUGAUCCUCUUGGUGGUUGUCGUGUUACGCCAUAUGGAUAUUCAGUAUUGUUGAAAAAGUUGAUGGAUUUUGCCCAUGGUAAGAUUGUGUUGGCAUUAGAAGGGGGUUACAAUCUUGACUCCGUAGCAAAUUCAUUCCUUGCUUGCAUGGAAGUUUUGCUUGAAAGCAAGCCUAUUGCUGGAUCUUCAGAGGCCUAUCCAUUUGAGUCCACAUGGCGUGUGAUACAAGCGGUUCGCAAGAAAUUAAGUGCUUACUGGCCUACACUUGCAGAUGAAAUACCCUUGAAGUUAACCAGUCACAAAGCCCCUCCUCCGCAUCUUUUGAUUUCAAGCUCUGAUUCUGAAGAUGAGGUUGACAAAACUCCAAAUAUUGUGUCAGAUAAUAUGGUGGCAGUUGUUCAGGAGAUCACUGAACCUCUUUCAAAGCUGAAAGUCGAAGAUAGUCAUGAUCAAGCGGCCGCAAAGUCUGUUCCCUGGAGAUCAGAGCUUUCAAAGACGGAUAUUUGGCAUGCCACUUUUGGAUUGAAUAUGUGGAAAAGAAGGUUCCUUUGCUAUAUUCAAGGUGGUCAGGUGGAUGGUAUGGGGAAGCGAUGCUCUGGUUCAAUGGAUAAAAACCCUCCAAAAGAGAUUUUGUGGAAAACUUUCUCCCACAGAUUGUUCUUUGGCCAUGAAUCCACACGUACAUGGGGAAGUGGAGGGGUUGCUUUCCUUCAUCCUGAAAGUAGUGUUGAUGAAAACACUUACAUGUGCAUGUACCAAAUAACGCUGGAACAAUUCAAUGAUGUUUUGUUUCAAGAAAAUGUUUCAAGUAAUGAGAUGGAUUCUCCAGCGUUUGAUUUGGCAGAUCUACAGUCCGUCACAAACCAAGGUUCUGUUUCUUUGGAGGUUUUUAAGAAGCAGUGGUACCAUAAUGUAGUGUACCUGGGAAAGGAGAAAGAUAUUCCUAUACUGACUAUUACCUGCUCACUUUCAGAUGUUGAGAGCUUCAAAUCGAAGAAACUUCCCUUGUGUGCCCCUUGCAACGAAUAUGCCAACACCUUAAUACAAGGCCUGGUGGAAGGAGGACAGCUUUCAGAAGAGGAAGCCAGUGCCUAUAUAAAAGCUGCUUCUAAACCACUAUGAUUGCACAUAUCUGGCUUUCACAUUCUUCUCGUGAAUGUUCCUAGUAGCUUUGGUUGUACAUUCAGAGAUCUUCAGGAAUCGAGGAACCAUGAUGCUGUGGCAAUUUGAUUCAUCAUGUAACACUUUCUAGUUAGGGUAGUACUGAGGGUGCAGCAAUGAAUUCAAAUGUAAACUGGUAAACCACAAACGUAAGACUACUCAUCUACUGUCUUUAUCGCGCAGUUUUCGAAAGAAAGUAUAGCUAAAAUCUGUGAUCAA